AUGAAUGACGCCUUAACAGAAUAUUCGACGGCGUGUGAUAACCUGUGGACCAGGAAGCGACACAAUCGCGAUCUUCGCGUUUUGGUGACUGCUUUAUUAAGGCUGAAUCUUGCGCCGGAACGGGUACAUAAAUACGCUGAGACACGAAAGAAGCAUCAGCAAGACAAGGCCAAGGAUAAGGAAGAAAAGAGCAACGAAGAAAACAUGCCCCUGGACAAAAGAAAUUUCGUCAAGACACUAAAUCAUCACAUGAAUCAACUGGCUUGGGCUAUGUGCCGCGAUAGGCCUGAAGAAGCCACCAAUAAGCUGUUCCACAAAGUGCAGGAGUGGCAAGGAAAGCUCGGUAAGCCCCAGUCGAAACCUGCUGUGUCUGACAAGGCCCCCUCCGAAUCCAAUACCUCCACCGAUGCCAAUACCACGCCCGAAACCAAUAGUGCCAAACCGAAGAGACAAGCACGUUUAGUUCAAAGAGAGCUAGCUAUGUAUGAUCCGCUCAAUGUUACAGACGACGAUAACGAAGAGGAAGAAGAACAAGAAGGAGACGAGGAACAAGAGGGAAGCCCAGGCGUAACCGAGUGUGAACCUUCCAAUCGACGUAUACGUGCACUGACGUCCAUUAUCAAAAAGAUCCUUGAUACAACCAAAAAACAAGCAUCGACAAAGAUCAUUAAAGAGACGGCAUUCAAGGGAACUGUCCUCACUGACAAGCAAUGCAGCGCUGCCGCAAAGAUUGCAAACGCUUUGCGCCCAUACUACUGCCCUGAAGAUCAAGAUGAUGAACAAGGUCCAGCUCCUCAAGUACUUGCCGUGGCACCCGAAGUCCACCCAAAUGACCACGCUAUCCAUCUAUCAGCCAGUGCUUUGUAUACGCUUGUCUCGGAAAAGUACGAGAUGCCAUGCCGCGCAACUGGAAAGACUGUCACCAGCAAGCGUCAAGCUGGAAUUGGUGAAGCUCGCCGCGAUGUGAUUGGAGCGUUUUUCUCCCUCCCAAAGAUAUACAAAGCACUGCAGACAAGGGACCUGGUCUUCGCUUAUCGUCUGACGUUCGUGAACCGUCAUACAGUCCGCGUACUAGGUGUAUCUAGACAUGAAGAAAGUGACAGUGACCAUGCCCACGAUACCGAGAAAGCGCCCCAAGGAGGUCCCAGUAAUGAAAUGGACAUGGAUCUGGUAGAAGGGAGCGAGAAUGAAAGUAAACCUGGCAGUGUGCUCAGUGAUAUCUUCGUCGAUGACAAGGCUACUGGCAAAGGCAAGCAACCUAUGGCACCUACAAAGACAAAGGGAAAAGGCAAACAGGCGAUGGCACGUACGAACCCAAAGGGAAAAGGCAAAGCAGGGAAGGGAAAGUCACGCAAGGCCCACAACAAAAGCAGACGGAAAAAGCGCAAAGCUAAGUCGUCGCCAUCGGACCGUCCCUCGAAAAAAAGAAACAAGAACAAAGACAGUUCGCCAACGAAGAAGGACACGGACGUAGAUGAUGAGAAAGAAGGUAUCAAAGCACAACGUAUCAAGGAGUUUGAAACAUGCGCAAGGCGGCUUGCUGCUGAAGUGGCAAAACUGCAGAAGCAAGGAAAUGCCGUUGAGAACGAACGUGCUGAUUUGGCAAACGCUUUUCGUCGCGAGUGGAAAAUGACCAAAUUGCGGAACCGUGAAAAGUAUGGUGAGCUGCAGAUGGUACGCAAGCAAGCAAAUUCUGUUAUUGCUCAGGUCGCUCAGAAACAAAGGCAAUUGGCCGACAUCCGAUCGCAGCUGUAUUUGAUGCAACAGAAACCCAAGGCAGAACCAGCUGCACUCGAUAAGGAACAGCAACUACUACAAGAAAAAAUUGUUGAGAGCCUUGCUACAAACAAGAACGUUGGUGUUAUCGGCGUGGACCCAGGGCUUGUAGUAUCAGCAACUUCUAUCACCACUACUGCCAAAGAUCUGUACCAAACAAUUGUUCCGUACACCCGUCCCCAGCCAUCAUCAUCGCCAUCUUCCUCUUCAGCACCUGAAACAGCACCAGUACAGCCAUCAGAUCUGCCGUCUGUGGCGCGCCCGCUACCUCCAGCACAGACUUAUACAACCAGAAAGAAAACAGCAGCUACGCUGGAAGCAGCUCACCAAGCCAGGCGGGAACAGUACAAGAAGAAACAUGGCUACAAUACUGGUGAUCAAGACAGACGACAAAAAGAAGCUCGCACUAGGGACAUCCGACACGACGUCUUUCAUCGGAAACUUGCGUCAUCGUGGAGGGUACGUGGAUCCGCAUCCACCUUGACGUUUUUUGGCGCAUAUAAAUCAACAAACUCGAGGAUAAAAGGCCACUGUCGUGGUGCGAACGCCACCUUACAACAACAUUUAGGUUCCCCCGAUCGUGACCAUGUAACUGUUACCAACGAGCACCGAUCCAGCAAGACUUGCCCAUUUUGCCACUCUCCGACAAAACUGCACCAAUACCGGCGCGAAGGCAAAUUGGUCAAGGUCAACGGUGCACUGCGGUGCACCAAUCCAGCAUGCCCCAACAAGAGUCGCAACACUCACAACAGGGACCAAGUCGGAUCCGUCAAUAUCGCAUCGAUUGGAUUUUCCAAAGCCAUAUCUGCCACCAACACCCCUAUCCCGCCUUUCUCUAGAAUGCCAUUCCUUUCUUAUACCAUUUCUCCCUACAUGGAGCAACUGCUGACGUGA